ACUACUACCACUACAUCUACAACUACUCCCUCUACGUCUACAACUACUCCCACUCCCUCUUCAACUACUCCCUCUACGUCUACAACUACUUCCUCUCCAUCUACAACUACCAUAACAACUACUAGCACUACAUCUACAACUGCUCCCUCUACAUCUACAUCUACUCCCUACUCCCUCUUCAACUACUCCCUCUACGUCUACAACUACUUUCUCUACAUCUACAACUACCGUUACACCUACUCCCUCUACAUCUACAAUUACUCCCUCUACAUCUACAUCUAA